AUGGCUUCCUCUACCUCCCAGAAUACUAGUACCCGGCCGGUCGAAAACCGUGACGAGGAUGACGGUUUCGUGGAUGUUCCCGAAGACGACGGUCCCCGCCAUGCCUCCCCGGCUGUUCCCAAACUCUUUACCGAACCGCCUCCAAUCCACGAGGAAUAUUCGACAGACACCUUGACUGUUCAGACUCAGACUAUGAACGAAUGUGUUGAACAUUUGGCAGCAAACUCAAUGGAACUUGACUAUAACCAUCGUGGCGUGCCGCGUCUGCGUCGUGAGGCUCACAUAAAGUUUCUCAAGAAACAACUGGGAACGCUUCCCGCGCCUUUCCUUGUUGCAGACGCGAGUCGUCCGUGGUUUCUCUUCUGGUGUCUUAAUGGGCUAGCCUUGCUAGGGGAAGACACGACGUCGUACCGGCAACAGGUCAUCGCGACGGCAAAGUCCAUGCAGAACCCGACCGGAGGCUUCGGUGGCGGCCACGGCCAGAUGUCCCACCUAGCCACCACGUUCGCCGUCGUGCUCGCUCUUGCCCUUGUAGGGGGCGAGGAGGCGUACGAGGUCAUCGAUCGCAAGACUUUGUGGCGAUGGCUAUGUUCCCUCAAGGAGCCCGAUGGCGGGGUGCAGAUGGUCUACGGCGGUGAGGUAGAUAUAAGGGGAGCAUAUUGCACUGCUGUUAUCGUCGGCUUGUUGAAUAUGCCCCGUGAGCUAUCGCCAGACUCGCCGGCCUACUCACCCGACGGCAACACGACCCUCUUCACUGGCUUGGCCGAAUAUAUACGCCGCUGCCAAACAUUCGAGGGGGGUAUCUCCGGCCGGCCGGAUGCUGAAGCCCACGGAGCAUACGCUUUCUGUGCCCUAGCUUGUCUUGCCAUUCUUGAUGCUCCCCAUCGGAUCAUUCCCAAAUAUCUGGACCUCCCUCGCCUUAUCUCCUGGCUCUCGUCACGUCAAUACGCACCGGAGGGUGGGUUUUCUGGUCGCACGAACAAGCUAGUCGAUGGUUGUUAUAGCCACUGGCUCGGCGGAUGUUGGCCGUUGAUCGAUGCCGCCCUUAACGGCGCCAGUGAUCUGGAUGACCCCGAAAGCAAGCCACAGCCAAGCACUGAUUUGGUUGACUGGUACAGCCGGGAGGGCCUGAUCCGAUAUAUCUUGUGCUGCGCCCAGGAUGAAUCGAAGAGGGGUGGUCUCAGGGACAAGCCCAGCAGCUCGUCCGAUGCGUACCACUCUUGCUACGUCCUCAGUGGCCUGAGCACGGCGCAGUAUAAGUGGGGUCUAACAUACUUCAACGAAGACGAGAUGCUGCUCGCAGAGCCAACGUGGAAAGUGACGCCCCGUGUCGACGACUCCCAAAUAUAUGACCAACAGGACCGAGUCGAGGCUAUUCACCCGACUUAUACUAUUCCCGAUCAGAAGUUCUACGAUAUGCAGGGAUAUUUUGCAUCCAAGGCUGGGUUCUAG